CACAGACACACAGGCAAACGGUCCCUCCUUCAUGUUUUGUCAGGAAUGUUCAUGUGUGUGUUGUAUUGAUAACGCGGGUGUGUGACUUGUGAGUGGACCGAUAUGGAGUAAACCAGCGCCGGGAAUGGAAACACGGUGAGGAGAGGAGAUUGUCAUGGCGGACCCAGAGGUGUCAACACAGAGCGGGGGCUAUGACGUGGAGCUGUUUGUGGACACUCCAGACUACGAUCUGAUCUGCACCAUAUGCCAGGGGGUCCUCAGGUGUCCAGUAAGAGCCGCAUGCCACCACAUCUUCUGUAAGAAAUGCAUCUUACAGUGGCUGAAGAGGCAGGAGACCUGUCCUUGCUGCAGGAAGCCUGUUAACCCGAGCUUGAUCUUUGUCAUGUUCAAGCUGAGCAAAUCUAUUGGACGCAUGAAGAUCAAGUGCAAGAAUGAGAUCCGUGGUUGUGCAGAGACCUUCUCCCUCUCGGAGCAGUACUGCCACAGCAUGAGCUGCCUCUACGAGCUCAUCCCCUGUCCAUACCAGGGCUGCCGGGCGCAGCUCCUCCGCAGGGACCUGGACACCCACGCACGCCACUGCGAACACUGGCGUCAGCCAUGCCACAUGGGCUGCGGGACGAUCCUCUCCCACCGCACCCAGGCUCAACACAACUGCUACAAGCAGCUGAGGCAGGAGUACGAAGUCAGACAGAGGAACCACAGGGCCAUCGCCACCGCCCUGCAGAGGAAGAUGAGGAGGAUGCAGAGCACCAUGGCCCACAUGAAGAGGCAGAUAGGGCUGAUCUGCGAGAGCCUGGAGGUGAUGGACGACCUGCACGAGGUAGAGGAGGAGGACCUCGGAGAGAGCAGUGGCAGCUCUGGGGGGACUCCAAGUAGCAACAACAGCAACUGCUGAGGGACGAGUUAGUUAGUACUGCUGCUGGUUGGCUACUGCUGUGUAUAAUAUCUGCAUGUGUUCAUCACUUUGAAGGUGUGUGUUUUUAGAAUAUGGUACAUGAUUAAAAAGAGUGAAAUUGUAACAAUUUUUGUGCUGUAUUUUCAUCUAUUUUGUAAAUAAAUUAUUUAACAUC